AGGGUUUGUGGGUCAGAAGAAGAGAAGCGACCAAUCAGCGCCGAAUUUGUGUUUUUGAAUCGGUCUGUUUUGAACGUAACGCGGUUGAUGUCAGCUCGGGAAAAACAACUUUAUUCAUCAGAUUUGAAACCUUGGUUCAAGUUGGCUGUUUAAGUCUGGAAGCUGAAGAGGUUGUUUAUGCGAACUCCAGAUUGAUCUUUGUGAGAGGAUGUCACGGUCCAGCACAGAAGACUGGUCUUCCAGUAGGAGAGGCGAGCGAACUCCUCUGAGAAGCCUGGAAAAUGAGACUCCGUCAUCGAGGAUCAGGUCAAAGCCACAAUUCAGCGGUGACACAGUGAAAGCCAGCAUGUCUGACCUUCAUCUCUGUGACACACAGACCCAGUUGGGCACUCUGACCGGUUCCGUUUCCAUGGAUACUACCCAGUCUGUGUGUGGACUUGGAGACGUCACAUUCAAAACCUUUAUUUGUUCCGGAGGUGAAGUUGAGAUUUCAGACUCCUCAGAUGGUGGAGGACAGAGUUUGAUUUUUCCUAAAGAUGGGACAACUUUUACUCUCACCGCCGAAACGGAAGAUUCAGUCUCUUCACCCAGCAGGACGGAGCAAUCCUGCAGUGAGCAUGUGGAGCAUCCAUAUUCCAACCACAGCGUCGAACAGCCGGAUUCGCCCAUCACCUGUGAAGCCGAUGAGGAGAAAUGUUUAAUGUGGAAGUCGUUCGCCUGUGAUGGAGGUCAGGUUGAAGUUUCAGACUCCACUGGAUUACAGGAAGAGACGGUUCCUCUGCCCCAGGACGACCUCUGGGGUCCAGCACAAGACGACGGCACAAACUCAGCCGACUGCACCCUGCUGCUUCCAGCGGAGCAUGUCGAUCAUCUCUACUGCAGCAGUGGAAACGAUGAUCUCUCGACAGCGCAGAGAUCAGAAAACCCUGAUGAUCUAACUCUGAAGCUGCUGAACUGCAGCGGUGGCGAGGUAGAAAUCCCAGCGGACGCUGAUGUUGCAGAUGAAACUAUUCCUCUUUCUCACACCUGUUCUGGCUGCAACCAUAGCAUGGAUCCGAGUGUGUUAGCCAGUGAUUAUGAUCUGGGAAACAGUAAAGAUCACUUAGAUCAUCCGUACUGCAACGUAAAAUACAACUCCUCUCCUCCACCAGAGGAGGUGAACACUGUUCCGGACGUACAACCGUGCAGCGCUGAAAUAAACUCAGUGCUACCUCACGGUCAGGAUGAGAAGUUUGAUUGGAAAUCAGGUGAAUCCCAGGUGUCUGAGAAGAUGUUGACUUCGCCUGAAGAGAAUUACAACGAAGAACAAAUGACUGACCGUCUGAAGAACAGAGAAGCUGAUACUAAUCCUCCACCUGAGAGUAACGCAUCAUUAAAGGUGGUGGAUGAGAUUCCUGAAAACACUCCUUUAGUUGCGUCCGACUGCAGCCGUCUUGACGCGUCGGCAGAAACUCUACCACAGCAGCAACAGCUGGAUUCCAGAUCCCACUCCGAGGCAAAGGACAGCGCUCUGGGUUCUUUGGGUCUCUGUAACUCUGCAGAAAAAGCUCCUCCUGCAACUCCUGUUAUCUUAAAAGUCCUGUCCGAGUGUCCGUCAGUUGCCUCCGCCCUGCAGUUUCUCAGCCCCAUCGUGAAGAGAGCGUCUCUGUCCGCGCUGAAGCGCCCCGUGGUGUCGGGUCAGGACAUGUUUCUACCUGACGAUUCUGCUCUGGAGGAUGAGAAAAGCCUUUGGGCUCCUGUUGAUGUUGACUCCAUGGGGCUGUUAGCAGAGCAGCUCGAAAACCCAAUGCCCCGCCCUCUGCUUAACUCCACGGUUGUAAGUUCAAAGCCACAGGAGGAUUCUGGGAAGAAAUCGCAGCCGGAAACGGUGCCGCUGAUUCCUGAUGGCCAGUUUCAGCAGCAGCUUCGGCAGAUGGCCGAGUUCCUCAUGAUGGCGUGUGGAAAGAUGAGCGCUGAUCCUCCUGCUGCCUUCAUGGCCCCCUCAGACAGAGCAGAUCCUCCUGCUGCCUUCAUGGCCCCCUCAGACAGAGCAGAUCCUCCUGCUGCCUUCAUGGCCCCCUCAGACAGAGCAGAUCCUGCAGAGUCCCACAGCGUCUGUGUGGGCACCAGUCCACUGAAGAUGGUGGACCACAGUCUGAACACGUCGGGAAUAUUUGUGAAAAAGAGGGAAUUCUCCGUGACUGAUUCCUGCACAGCGACCGAACCGCUCAUCUGGAAUUUACCUGCAGGCAGCCUGGAGAGCCUCCCGCGGCUGGAGCUGGAGCAGAGGCUGAUGUCCAGCAUGAUCAUGGUGGAGGCGCUGGUCCAGCAGCUGGCUGCAGCCAGGGCGCACCGCAGCCCCUCUUCGGGCCCGGCUCCUUCGGACCUGAGAGAGAAGCUGGUUCAGACGGACCACACUGAGCUCAGUCAGACCACGAUGUACAGAGAUCUCUACAUGGAGGCUCUGAGCCGGAUAACUGAGCUGGAGCUUGAUGGAAAUUCCCUGCAGAAUCUCGUCCAGGCUGUGCAGGAGAUGAGAGCUGCCAUGUCUUCUUUGAGCAGCGACACAGAUGCAGCUCUGUCCAACAUGAAGAAAAUGGGCGAAACCAUCAGGGAGGACCAUCAGAACCUGGCGUCCCAUUACGAGCUCAUGAAGUCCCUGUUUGAGAAAUCAAAGGAAACCCAGAGAAGAAUCCUGGAGAAAGUGAAAGAAGUUCUUCAGCAGAGGAGCAGCAUGGAGGCUCGGAUGGAAGAAGCCUUCACGGCCAAGGAGGCAGCUUUCAGUGCCAUGGAUCAGCUGAGGACUCACUGCGCCUCUGAAGUCUCAGCUCUGGAGAAAUGUGUCGGAUCUCAGGAGGAGCUGCUGGUGGCUCUGAACCAAACCUACCCGGAUCAGGUUGCUCUGAACCGGACCUGCCAGGAAACGCUGAGCUCGGCCUCCGAUCUUCUGUCCCGAACUGCAGAGGAUCACUCCAGCCUGAUGCAGGAGCUCUGCAGCGUGCGGAGCCUCCUGCAGAAAACGGCCCCGAUGCUCCUUCAGCUGAACGAGCGAGCCGCCACCGCGCUGAGGGAGAGGGACGAGCAUCGGACGGCGAGAGAGCGAGCCGCCGAAGAGAAAGAGCAGAUUGAAGACGAGCUGAAGGAAACUCACCUGAACCUCCAAACCGCCUCGCAGCAGAUCAGCGAUUUAAAUCUGCAGAUCACCAUCCUGACAUCAGAGAUGGGCGUCCUGCGGGAGAAACUAACGGCGGGAGAGGAGGAGUCUGCUCAGCUGGAGAGGAAGGUGACGGAGCUGUCUGCGACCAUUUCCUCCACGCUGGCGUCCUACGCCUUCCUGGAGCAGGCGCUCGCCGCCGAGACCACCAAGCUGCAGCAGUCCUGGAAAGACUUGCAUGAAGCCAACGAAAGAGCAAAUCAGCUGCAGGGGUCUCUGUCGGGUUCAGAGCAGCGGGUCAGUGAACUGGACUGGGCGCUGGCUGAGAGCGACCAGCAGCUCGGUCAGCUCCAGAACCUUUACCAGUCUCAGACGGUUCAGAUCCAGCAGCUGCAGGAAGUCUGCGCCCAGCUGGGCGGCGUGCGGGAAAUGAACGAGUUCCUGCAGAUGGAGAACGAGCUGGCGAGGGAGCAGGUGGCUGAGAGCGAACGGAUGCUCAGGAGUAACCUGCAGGCGCUGCGGGAGAGAAACAUCGAGUGCGAAGACCUGAAAUCAGAAGUCUACAAACUUCAGCUUGAAAAUCAGAGUCUGAGUGACGAGCUGGAAACGGCCCGAUGCGCAGCCGGCGCCGCGCGCAUGGAGCUGCAGGAGAAGAUGGCUGAGGCGGUCACUGAGAUCACCGUCCUGCAUCACACGCUGCGCGGCCUGACCACACAGCUACAGGUUUCCCUUAGCAACCAGAGGGAAGAACACCAAAAGCAGAAAGAGUCGGCCAUGAUGUCCGGUGCGGCGCGCCAUCAGACGUCCGGCUCCUUCGUCGACAGCGUCAUGGUGGCUUUAACGGCCGAGAAGGAGGAAGACGUCAGAACAGACUCAACUUUAGAUGCAUCAGAGCCACAGAGUGAUGCGUUUUUCAGCGAGACGAGCGCCUUCACCCGCAUUGCAGCUCUGAACCCGAAGACGAUCUCAGACCCGGUCCAGGAUGAAGAGGAGGAUGAGGAGGAGGAGCAGAGCAGCAUGGCGGAGCUCCUCUCUGGCCUCAGCAGAACCGUCGCAGAGCUCAUCAGCACGCUGCAACAGGCGCAGCGCUGCAGAGACGCACAGCUGCAGGAGCUGCACGGCACCAUCGGUGGCCUGCAGGUGGAGCUGCAGACCUCAAGCAGCAGGCAUCAAGCUGAAGUCCUUGAGUUGAAGCAGGAGGUGCGGCGCCUCAGCAGCCUGGUGGAGAAAGGAAACCAGGCUCUGCAGCAGAAAGCUCAGGACGAAAAAACUCUGACGAAGCUGAUGGCAGACGUCCAAGAGGCCCAGGAGAUUUUAAGCAAACACAAGAGCGACAACAAUGAGUUGCGAAGGGAUGCGGCGGAGCUGCGUCGCGCUCUGCAGCAGUCCAUAGUGGAGUCCCAGUUCCUGCGGGAGGAGCUGAGGAGAACCGGCGGCCCGGCGGCGGCCCCGGCUCAUCACAUGGAGGAGAAGAUCCAGCUGCUGAAGGAGGUGGAGAAGCUGAAGGCCAGUCUACAGGAAGCAGAGCAGGCCAAAUUUAAACUCCUGGAGAGAGCCAAGCGGCAUCAAAUUAUCCACCAAACCAACCAGCAGAAGUCUGAGAAUGAGCUCCAGAUUUUAAACCACAUGAUCAAUAAAGUCAGAGAGACUCUCCUUUCGCUGCCAGAAGUGGUGAAACAUUGCGAACAGCUGCAGCAGCUGGUGGAUUACAUCGGGUGACGAGUUUCUGGUUGUCAACACGUGUUUAGAUUAUUUAUGUUUUUUGUGUUUAUUGACUUGUUUUUAUCUUUAGAAUGAUUAGAAUAUCUUAAUAUGUUGGACAUGUCAUUUCUUUUGUCAAUAAAUUAAAAAUCAACAAUAUAAACAUUAAACCAGUCUUGUUCAAUCU